AUGGUUCAAGAUGCAUACGAUCAUUGCACGGCUGAUCCUGAAGUGUUUAAGAAAUUACUUGAAGAUGCCGAAAAAACAUUGUAUCCGGGCUGCACAAAGUUUACCAAGUUAUCUGCAUUGGUUAAACUGUAUAACUUCAAAACUACGAAUAGCCUAUCUCACACUGGGUUUUCAGACCUACUGAUGUUGUUGGGUGAUAAGCUGCCACUGAACAAUGAAAUACCAUCAUCCAUGUAUAAGGCUGGGAAGACGUUUGCUGCAUUGGGAAUGGGAUAUGAGAAAAUACAUGCAUGUCCAUAUGAUUGCAUACUCUAUAGAAAGGAGUACAAAGAUGCAACUUCAUGUCCUACAUGUGGUACAUCCAGAUGGAAGUUGAAGAAGAAUUCCACUGAAAUAAGAAAGGAUGUGCCUGCAAAAGCUUUAUGGUAUUUUCCACCUAUCCCAAGGUUUCGAAGGAUGUUCCAAUCAGCAAAAAUAACGAAGGAUUCGACAUGGCAUGCUCACGAAAGAGAUUAUGAUGGAACAAUGUGUCACCCAGCGGAUUCUCCAUCAUGGAAGUUAGUAGAGCACAAGUGGCUAGAUUUCGCUACAGAGCCAAGAAACCUUCGAUCAGCUAUUUCUGCAGAUGGAAUAAAUCCACACAGUUCCCUUAGCAGCAGGUAUAGUUGUUGGCCAGUUAUAAUGAUUACAUACAAUCUUCCACCGUGGUUAUGUAUGAAGAGGAAAUUUAUGAUGUUAUCAUUGUUAAUAUCAGGUCCACAACAACUUGGUAAUGACAUUGAUGUUUACUUGGCACCACUAAUUGAUGAUUUGAAAAUGUUGUGGGAGGUAGGUAUUGAAGCUUAUGACGCUUAUAAAGAACACUUCAGGCUGAAGGCUAUAUUGUUGUGGACAAUUAACGACUUUCCAGCAUUAGGUAAUUUGAGUGCUUGUACUGUAAAGGGAUAUUAUGCAUGUCCAAUUUGCAGUGAAGGAACAUGUUCUCACAGAUUAAAAUAUGGUAAGAAGAACACAUAUGUUGGCCACGGAAAAUUUCUUCCACGCUAUCAUCCAUAUCGGAGGCAAAAAAAGGCUUUUAAUGGUGAGCAAGAGUUUGGAUUAACCCCAAAACCAUUAACUAGGGAGGAGAUAUUAAAUAAGGUUGAAGGGCUUGUAACCAUAUGGGGAAAGAAAAAUAAAAAAGCAUUACAGGUUGGUGGUACAAAAUGUUGGAAGAAGAAAUCAUUAUUCUUUGAUCAUGAAUAUUGGAAGUACUUACAUGUUCGACAUAAUUUGGAUGUUAUGCAUAUUGAGAAGAAUGUGUGUGAGAGCCUCAUUGGUACGUUACUUAAUAUUCCAGGAAAAAUGAAGGAUGGAAUUAAUUUUCCCCUUGAUCCUGUAGAAAUGGGUUUGUGUGAAGAAUUGGCACCACAAAUUGGGGAGAAGCAAACAUACUUGCCUCCAGCAUGUUACACAUUGUCAAAGGAGGAGAAAAGAAGAGUAUGUACAACAUUAUUGGAAUUGAAGGUUCCAGAAGGAUACUCUUCAAAUUUGGAAAGUCGUGUAUCAAUGCAAGAUUUGAAACUUUAUGGUCUAGAAUCACAUGAUUGUCAUGUAUUGAUGCAACAGUUACUACCUGUGACAAUACGAUCUGUGUUACCUAAGCAUGUGAGACAUGCCAUUAUCAGGUUAUGUUUCUUUUUUAAUGCUAUUUGUAGCAAAGUAGUGGAUGUGGGAAAAUUAGAUGAGAUUCAAAAAGAGCUUGUGGUCACAUUGUGUUUGCUUGAAAAGUACUUGCCACCUUCGUUCUUUGAUAUCAUGGUGCAUUUGACAGUGCAUCUUGUUAGAGAAGUUCGACUUUGUGGACCAGUUCACUUUAGAUGGAUGUACCAAUUUGAGAGGUUCAUGAAGAUCUUAAAGGGUUAUGUUCGUAAUCGUAAUUGUCCUGAAGGUUGCAUUGCUGAAAGUUACAUUGUAGAAGAAGCUGUUGAGUUUUGUGCAGAGUACUUAUCAGGAGUGGAUGCAAUCGGGAUUCUUUCUAAUAGGAACAUGAUAGUUGAUGAUGAUAUAGAAAUUGGAAGGCCUUUAUCAAGUGGUUAUGUUGUUAUUGUUGAUCGUAAUGAAUGGGAGCAAGCACAUCGUUAUGUGUUAGAAAAUACAAGUGACAUUCAACCAUACAUUGAGUAA